CGCUCCUACGCAUUCUUCCGCUUCGCUCAGCUAGUAUGUUCUCUUUCGUCGUAUCUGUAUUCUAAGCUAGUCUCACUCUGUCCACUUGUUAUAAUAUCCUCAGUGUUUUUUGUUUAUAAACUUAGCUUUUAGGUCAGUAAAAAAGUAAAUCGACAGCGGGAUUUUGUUGAAAGUAAAUAUCGUAUGAAACUUUUCACGAUAUUGCCGUCAUUAGAAGUUGCUUAUCUCGUCUACCACCGAAAACCGAUCCUGCCAACACGCGUUUUGGGUUUUCCCGUUUCUCGUUGUCUAUCUUGUAUAUUUUGAUUCAUUUCUAUUUUAGUGUUCCCUCUCUCGCAUAAUUUCUUGAUAAAACUAUAAAACCUUUUAAAUACGCGUUCUAGCUUUUAAUUAUUGUUACACUUGUAAUUAUAUUCCCGCAUCAUCUCUUCAUUUCUUCAACUGCCAAAAAUACUGCCACCUACCGCUUUCUCUCCUCUCUCUUGAAAUUAUAAUUUUUAGACUUUCAAGGGAAACUUAAGUGCACCUGGGAUAAACUGCUAGAUAAGAUACUUCUAGGAUUCCAGUAUAGCCGUUUCUCAUUUUAAACUAUUGACAAGAAGAAAACGGGCAGCCAGCAGCACCCACCGCCAAAGAGAUUUGUCCGAACUUGUGAAACGAAAAAUGGGAUGGAAUGUCACAACUGAGAGUACGGAGCAUGUUAAUAGCACCAGCUUGAACCCCGGCUUCGUGAAACGCAGCCCAACAAACUCUCAUAGAAUGACAUUGUUGGCUUUACUUGUCUCACUUCUCGCAUUGCAGAGUGAAGGGUGUGCAUUAGGAGCAGGAAGAGUUUCAAAGGCACGAGUUAAUCGUCCAUUUUGGCAGCCUGGCUUUGACCAACUUGAUACAAACCACAACCACUUCAAGACGUUUAGGUCUAUCACUAUUGUGCCUUUAAUAGUUCGUGCAGUAAAGCAGAUAAGAGUUAAUCGAAGGGACUUAUUUUUCUAUCCAUACGAUCCAAACGAUUCCACUGUAGGAGGAAAUGCGUGUUCAAAUUCUUUUGGUCAAUUUGGAGUAUGUCUGUCACUCAGAAAAUGUUGGUCAAAAAUAGGUGUGGUAAACCUAAAUAUUUUUAAUAACAAUCAGUGCGGUUGGUUAGCAGGUGAGCGUAUCGUAUGUUGCCCAAACUCCAUCGUAACAUUGGGUUUUCUGCCGUUUCUUCCGACCAAAAAGCCUCAACACAAGGUUACACCAACACCACCACAGGUUUCUACCGAGUCCUCUACAAUAUCGCCUAUCACAACUCCAGAUGUGUUAAAACCUGGAUCUGAUGAAGUAUUCGAAUGUGGGGCUGCAGAACCAAUACUAGCGGGUACCUGGCCUUGGACGGUCAGAUUUUCUGAAUCAGAUUCCAACGUGUUAUGUCAAGGUACUCUGCUCACUCGACGCCACGUGGUUACAGUCGCCUCAUGUGUGGAAUUGUACAGGCAAACUCCAGAAAAACUUCGUGUUGUAGUAGGAAGAAAAACACUCGAAAAUGAAGUGCUUUCUAUAGAUAUUCACCCUGAUAGAGAGCUUAAUUCCAAUUUCAACGUAGCACUAAUGCAGCUGAAAAACCCGAUUAGUUUUGAUGAGAAUGCUUUGUCCAUUUGCUUACCUUCUUCUAAUACUUCUUCCAGUUCCUUUCAAGAUAAACCAGCUCUUUUUGCAGGUUUUAACCAAAAAGCAGGAGACGUCAAUGUGAAUUCUGUGCAAGUCACAGCUAUAGUCAAGAAAGGAAACGAGUGCAACCCAACUAAGUCUCAAACAAAGAACGGAGGAGACGAAACUCAAUUUUGCCUAACUAGUGAUAAUCCUAGAACCGACUGUCAGCACAUUCCAGGAAGCAUCGCUAUGGCAGUCGAUAAUGAACGACGUUGGAUUAUCCUAGGCAUUCGUUCUGAGGAGUUCCAAUGUAAUAAAGAGGUGUUUCAGCCAGUUUUUAAUGGGAUUGACCUCUAUCAAGACUGGUUUCAGAGAGUCCUCGAUAUAUCUUGAAGUUCUCGUUUUCUGCUGGAAGGAACUCUUGCAUUUUUUCAAGGUUUAAAAGAACUUCGUGGUUGAAAUAUAGAAUUCAAUAUAUUUUAAUUUUAUGAUUUUAUCCUAGUGAAUAUGUUCAAAAUUAGUUGAUUGUGUUUCAUUCAUAGUAACCUUUCUUUGUUUUAUUUUCAAGGUAGUUUUUGGUAUAUAUAAAUGUAUACAUAAUUUACAUAAACAGUGCACAUAAAUACAUAGCACAUAUAAAAGAUUUAUAAAUAUAUUAAGAUUUAUCAGCAUUAGCAAUUAUCUAGUUAUUACAAUUCUGAAUAUAAGUACAAACAUAAUAA